UAAAAAGUGAGAACUGUUUUCGGAACAGAAACAACGUGACAGGACGGUAGUUUCAAGAUGUUGAUGAAGAUCGUCUUAUGGAGUGUGUGUCACAUUGUUGCACUGACUGGACAAGUAUCAAGCGCAGCGUUCGAUUGUUCUACUCGAGCGGAUGGAAUUUACCCCGACCCUGUUGCUUGUCACCAAUACAUCAUCUGUAGAAACGGGCUGCAGACGAAGUUGACGUGUGUAAACGGGAAGAUGUUCAAUCCCAGGAUCCUAGGCUGUGACGUACCACAUAAUGUACAAUGCAGUACGGCUCAGACGCCUUUGGCGGGAAUUCCAGGACGUCACACCUUUUCUUGUGCCGGGAAAGCCAGCGACUUCUACCCCAGCCCGUACGCAUGUAACGAGUAUUACAUAUGCGCUAAUGGACGAGCGGUUCCCGCCAAAUGCUUCACCGGACUUCUCUUCAACGUGACCCUCAAGUACUGCGACCUUCCCGCCAAUGUCCACUGCCGACCGGGACUGUACAUACCGCCACUGACAACUCUACAGGUGUUUCUCCCGCCGCUGGGCACUACGCAUGCUCCCACGCCUGUGCCGUCAACGAAGAGUCCCCGUCCAGUCUCGACUCUCGCGCCUCAGUUUCGUACCACAAAACAGACAAGAAGUACACCAGGGUCCACCACACGAAACCAUCAAUUCAUCACCAAGAUGACGAAAAGGUCCACCAUGCAUCAUGCACCUCUUGUUACACAGACCAAGAACAUCCAGCAGACAACAAAGCAAAUAAUUCCAUUUAUUCCGGUGACUCGCCCACCAGUACAGCAAUAUUACACGAUCUGUCGCGGCCGGCCGGACGGUCUGGUCCGUGAUCCGUCUGACUGCAUCCAUUACUACCAGUGCUACUUCCAGCUUGGCAUCAGGAUGGAAUGUUCCUUCGGGACAGUCUUCCACGACAUCAUUCAGGCCUGCGACUACCCACACAACGUGCCCGGGUGUCACUAAGAGAACACAUCAACUCCCAUGCUGGUUGAACCCUUAUAAAGCAUACAGGGUUGAUUUCUCGUUGAUGGUUCAAUCGCGGUUUAUUGUUUUUAAAUUUGAUUUGAGAGAAGAUCAAGGGUUCGAGGGUUCAUAAUCAGAACUGUCCAAGGUUAUAAAAAUUAAGUAAAAUGCGA